CGCAGUAAAACCCAAAAAGCCAAUACAAGCUUUCCACGUGUCGCAUUUCGGCGUGCCAAAUUCAACGGCUUAGAUGAUCUCUUUAAAAACAAUGAUCGCCAAAUCCAACGGUUCAAACCGCUCCAAAUGGCCACUCCUUGUCUAUAAGAUCCCAUCCUAGUACUCCUCUCUUGGACCCAACUCCCAAAAUGUUGUAAUUUUUCCUUUUUUUCCCCAAUUUUUUCCUUUUUUUUUUUUUACCUCUUUCUCUUUCAAUCUUCAUCUCAGAUCGGAGUUUUCAAUCCCUAAAUCGAUCGUGAAGGAAACCCCAAAUCCCAAAAUCCCUAGUUUUUUUUUUCUCAAGGGAUCGGGAUGGAUCCGAAGAGAAACCCUCAAAUCAAUCGAGGGAUCGUUUCCAGAUCGUUUGGAGCUUCAUCUUCAAGCCAUCAAGGUUUGUUUGGAUCUCGCCCUCCUCCUCCUCCUCCGAAUCACUCAUCUCUACCUUCUUCUUUCCCUUCUUCUUCUCAUCCUCUUCUCCCUCUCCCCACCCCCGAACCGGCCAUCGGGAUCCCGAUCAAGCCCCGGGAAGCACCUCAGCAGCACCAGAAGAAGCCGAGACCGGCGGCGAAGAGAGACGAUCGGUGGAAGCGAGAACCCGCGCCGCAGAAGCCGAUCGAGAAGGCUGAGGGCGAUGGCAGCGCUGCCGUCUUUGAUGGAUCGCUCUACUCCGUCUCGCCUCCUCCCAGUAGCCUGCCUCUUCCGAGGUUCUCGAUCACGAAGCCAAAGGCGGUGCCGGCACAGCCGGUCGCCUCCUGCGUCGCUGAAGCCAUCGUUGUCGGUGCCGGCGCCGGCGCCGAUGAUGGCGCCACCGCCUCAGAUGAUCUCCGCCGCCUUCUUCGCCUCUAGUGUGUGUGUGUGGAUAAGUUGUUUCUGCGUCACUAUUUAAGACGUGAAAGAAACGAACAGGUGUUUGAGAAGUAUUUGUUUGUUACACUUGUACAGUUGUUCCGCAGGUGCAUCUGAAACGGCAACAGUUGUUUUUUCUCUGUUGUUGUUGUUGUUGUUUUUUAAAUUUUUUUUUUAAUAUUUUCUCACCUUUUAAUUUUUUUUUUUCUGUUAAGGUGAGAGAUAGUUAAUGGCUGGUGGCUGUGUCUUUAUAUUGUCUAAUUUUCUGGGAAAAAAUUAUAUGUUAUGUUAUUUAUAAAAUGGUUGGAGUUUUUUAA